UGAGUUAAAAUUAUCCCUCACUGGCACUGUCACAGUCACAGUCUUCGAACACGAAAAACCAGUAAAAAAAAUCCGAGAAAAAAAGAAGAAAAUUCGUAAAGAAGGAAUCGAAAUCCAAAGCCAAAAACCUUCUUCCAAGUGUUCCUUCGUACACCGCCAAAUGUACACCUUCAGCUACUACUCAAUUUCGCCAAUAAACAACAAUCCUUUCAAAUGCCAAAGGUACUAGCAUCAUUACUCGAUCUCGUAACCCUAGACCGAACCGAAAGAGACGAUGGCGAAGCAUACCGCCGUUGGCUGGGGUCAUCACCACUACCAUCACUUACAGAACCGUUGGCUUUUGGCUCUUCUCUUAAUGCUUUCGGUUUCGACGGUGAUCGCUUUUUUCAUGAGAAGCGCUUUCGAUUCGUGUGAUCGGACUGUUUCAGCUGCUGUUGAUGGUAUUGGUUCGUCUCGGCAUGUUAUUCAAGUCGCUGAGAAGCGCACCACGCCGAUCGCGGCUGUGAAGCCGAGUCCGCUUAGCUUUAUGAAGUCGAAGGUUGUUCUGCUGGUUUCGCACGAGCUCUCGCUUUCUGGUGGACCAUUGUUGCUGAUGGAGCUGGCAUUCCUAUUAAGAAGUGUUGGUGCUGAAGUUUAUUGGAUGACAAUUAUGAAACCAUCUGGAACAGAUGAAGUAACAUAUAGUUUAGAACAUAAGAUGUUGGACAGAGGAGUACAGGUUGUCUCAGCUAAGGGGAAAGAAGCUUUAGAUACUGCUCUAAGAGCUGAUUUGGUUAUUUUGAACACUGCAGUUGCUGGGAAAUGGCUGGAUGUUGUUCUUAAGGGAGAUGUUCAUCGUGUUCUGCCUAAGGUGUUGUGGUGGAUCCAUGAAAUGCGUGGCCAUUACUUUAAAUUAGACUAUGUAAAGCAUCUUCCUUUUGUAGCUGGUGCCAUGAUUGAUUCCCAUGUUACAACAGAAUACUGGAAGAAUAGGACUCAGGAACGUUUGAAGAUUAAAAUGCCCGAUACCUAUGUUGUUCACCUUGGAAAUAGCAAGGAACUGAUGCAAGUUGCAGAAGACACUGUGGCUAAACGGGUUCUGCGUGAACAUGUUCGUGAAUCUCUUGGAGUGCUCAAUGAGGAUUUACUCUUUGCCUUAAUAAACAGUGUUUCACGAGGAAAAGGGCAGGAUCUCUUUUUACGAUCCUUCUAUGAGGCCUUACAACUAAUCAAGGAAAAGAAAAUGCAGAUACCACCAUUGCAUGCAGUAAUUGUGGGAAGUGACAUGAGUGCUCAGACAAAAUUUGAAAUGGAAUUACGAGAUUAUGUAGUGCAGAAGAAAAUUCAAGAUCGUGUUCAUUUUGUGAACAAGACUCUGACAGUUGCCCCGUAUUUAGCUGCCAUUGAUGUUCUUGUUCAGAAUUCCCAGGCGCGAGGAGAAUGCUUUGGACGGAUAACAAUUGAAGCCAUGGCUUUCCAGUUACCUGUACUGGGAACAGCUGCGGGAGGUACCACAGAAAUAGUAGUGAAUGGGACUACAGGUUUAUUACACCCAGUUGGAAAACCCGGGGUUACACCUCUUGCUAAAAACAUCGUCAAACUCGCCACUCACGUAGAGAGGAGGCUUACAAUGGGAAAAAGAGGGUACGAAAGGGUCAAAGAAAGAUUCCUAGAACGACACAUGGCCGAGAGAAUCGCCAGAGUACUUAAAGAAGUAUUGAGGAAAUCCAAAACCAAAUCAAGCAGACACAUCGGUUGAAAACCCACCAUAAACAAUGAGGUUAGAACCGGUUUCGAUCAGAGCAGCGCUGGUUGGCCCAAGGCACAGGCUUAAAAUAGGAUGAAUGCUUUUUUCUUCUUUUUCUCACUAACGGAAUGACAUAUCUUUAGCUUUCAUGUCUUAUUACCAUCCAGUUUGCCUUUUCUUUAGGGAUGUAAAUUAUGUAUGUGCUAAGACAUUUCUAGCUUGUUUAUAUAGUUGAGAAGUUCUUUUCAAGGUA